AUGGAACUUACGAUUUCAAAGGGUCACCACCAUCGAAAGGUGAUAUGUGUACUGGCUGCUUGUAAUGCGGGUGCACUAGCUAUGGCACUCAAUUUAGUUGUAGGGCUGAAUCCAGAAGACAAAAUCUCAAUCAAACGUGGGUCUAUGCUAACGGCCUUAGGCCUGGUGUACUUCGCGACACUCUUCGAGCUAAUCAAUGUGGCAGCUCUGUUCACCGGGGCCGGGGCGCGGCUCAGGCACAAGUACAAACUUAGCUGUGGGGAAGUGUUGGACAUAUCAAAUAAGCUAGUAUCGGCAGUGCAAGCAGCGUUCUCGUGCGUGACGGGCGCCAUAGUGUGCGCGUGGUCGUGCACGCGCGACUUCAUGCGCUCCUCGCACUUCAUGUCCGAGGCGUACGCGUGGUUCGGUGCUGCGUACUUCUUCUACGACAUCUGGUCUAUGUACAUGGUAUAUGUACAUAUGACGACGAAUGUAGACUACUUCAGGAGGAGAUUCCGACUAGCCAGAACCGAAGCUCUUUCUUCGGGAGAUAACGCGACGAAUAUAAAGAGACCUUCCUUCUUCGCGUACUGUCGCCACGAACCCGUCAUCCUGAUGCACCACCUGUUCAUUGGCGGCUUCGGGUUUUUGGUUAUUGUGUACCUGCGCGGCGGGCUCGGCGACUGCGUGUUCAGCUUCGUGUACCUGAUGGAGCUGUCGACGCCGUGCGUGUCGCUGCGCGGCGUGCUGGCGCGCCUGCGCCGCAAGCGCUCGCGCCUCUACCGCGCCAACGGGCUCGCCAUGCUGGCCGCCUUCGCGCUCUGCCGCGUGGCCGCGCUGCCCUACGUCUGCCUGCUCUACGCGCGCGCCGCCGACCUCUCCUACCUCCAGGCAAUAAAGUCACUACCACUAGGCUGCAAGAUCUCCAUCUCGAUCCUACUCCUGCCCCAGUUCUACUGGUUCUACCUCAUGUCCGUGGGUGCGGUGAAGGUCUUCCUCGGAACCACCUCCGAGGAUAAGAAGGCGAUGAUCGAAAGCAGCUUGAAGGAGAAGACCAACCAGAGUGAGCUGGUCUCGGAGCUGUCCUCCGGAGACACAGACAAACGUAGU